CAAUAACAAAACCUUACUUCAUUCGAUUUUCCGAAUAUUGCACAUGAGUUCGCAUUCAACUUUCUACACGAAGUAUGCUCAUUCGGCUACUAUGAUAGCCUUUAAACAGUGAGACCACAUAGUUAAUUUAAGGCCACGGAACCACACCCUUGAAAGGCUGUUAUGUUGUCAAGACAAAUGCGGGGUCCACCGCCAAGCACGAGCCUGCCACAACCUCCUCGAUGCAAGAGUAGUCUAGGGAUUUCCUGGCAUUCGAGACGAUUUCAUUGGUAAUUAAAAGCCAUUUUCGCGGGGUAGAUCAAUAAUACGUAGUUUUUUCGGGCUAUUGCUCAGCAUUUUGAGAAUAUUUGGUGCCUUGUUGAGAGCCAGUUGUUGCAUGCCACUAGCAAAUUGCUGCGGGGUUUAUCAUAGGGCCGCUGGAGGGGCAGUAUAUAUUGAUCUGUCUGGUCUGCUUCAAGGUCACAACAUUUCACAUCAACAUCCGAUAUUAUUCGGUACCAUAAAAAUUCACACUUUACCCUAAACUUGUCAUUAACGAUGGCAAACACAAAGACUGUCCGGGUUCCCCACUUAGGUGGUAUCGAUGCUGCAUACCAAAUGCCUCAUCCAUAUGACCCUUCCAAGCCAACGCUAGUUCUUGCCAAUUCUUUCACCACAUCUUCAGAGCUCUACCGUCAACAAUACGCAAACAAGGCUUUAACUUCUGCGAUGAACCUCCUAGCAAUCGAGCUCCUCGGCCACGGCCAAACCCGCACCAAAUCCGAGAACUUCACCUACUGGGAUUCAGCCAUCAUGAACAUCCAAGUUCUAUCCGCCCUUGGGAUCAAGAAAGCCUUCGUCCUCGGCACCAGUCAAGGCGGCUGGAUCACUGUUCGCAUGGCCCUCCUUGCCCCCGACGUGAUCGAGGGGAUUAUCCCACUCGGUACUUCUCUCGACUACGAGUCUGAACGGACACGCGAGUUGGGAUGCUGGGACGGACCAUCUGAUCUCACACCCUCCAUCAAGGAGUGGACGACCAAUCAAGCCACGCCGGAUUUCGAACCCACUUCAGACUACUGCAAUUUCCUCAUCGAUAUCGGCUUUGGCAAGAAUUGCGACAGAUCAGUCCGAGAUUUCUGGGUCAAGACUAUCAAGGGCAAUUACCAGGGUGACGAUGGCCGGAGAAGAAUCCGUAUGGCGGCCAUUAAUUUGAAAGAGAGAGAUGGGCUGCAUAGUAGGCUGUCGGAUGUGAAGUGCCCUGUUUUAUGGCUGCAUGGUACAGAUGAUGUUGUGUAUAGCGCGGCAAAUGCACAGGAAGAGAUCAAGCUGUUCACGAAUUCCAAGGAUGCCAAAUUAGUCACGGUUAAGAAUGGGCAGCAUUUCUUGUCGGCUUCUCAUCCUGCCGAGGUUGACCAGGCUUUGAUCGAUUUUGUUGGAAAGUGGGCCAAUAAGCACAUCUAGGUAUCAAUACAUAUCUAAGCGUGGGGUUUCUUGUAAAUUAGAUCAUCACACCUCUUGUGUAGAUUCAAACAGAAAUAUGACUGCUCUCUAAGUGGGCGCCUUCCACUGUUUUUACGCGACUCAUGGCUAACGUCCUAAUUAUUCGAGAAGAUUAACUUCCAUGGACCAAUAUCAGCUUUAGACUGUCUUCUAAGCUUCAGUGACAUUUGAUGUGUAUAUACAUUUGCCACUUGACCAACAAAAUAAGAGCUCAGAGGCGAAAUGUCAGCCCAGUACCCACGUGACUUUGUAAAUACUUCUUGCAAUAUUGAGUUUGCUGAUGAAUCCUUUUCCCUUGAAUGAAAAAAAUCACAAAUCAUACCGAUCAAAUAUACGAGCCUUCAUGUACUGAAGCCCCCGAGGUAUCCGAAGUCAGA